AUGAUCACCAUCACACCCACAACCACCUCCGCUACACCCAUCAGUCCCAUAGGCAUAACCAUAAACCCCCGGCAGUACUGGCCCGACCCGUUCCCGAGUGACGUGCGCAAUACCCCUGAACAAUGUGUCGAGGCCUCGCUCACCAACCCAUCAUGGGACAUUUACGGGCCGACGCUGACGUCAGUGAACGCGUCCGACGGGGGCACAAUAGGCGAUGUCCAGUUCCAGGCGUAUCACCAUGCGACAGGUAUCCUGGCAAACUGUACGGCAAACAACAUUGAGCUGGACCCCCAGGCGCAUGGGCCUGAGGCGUUGAGUGUGUGGCAUAAUUGCAGUGUGCCGAACUUGCAGUUUCAGUUUCUGCUUGCGGAUUUUGAUAUGCGGUUGAGGGGCAGUUGGGUGUGUGGGAAUUCGUCGAGGACGAGCCUCGUCUUUGCAGCAAACGGCUCCUGGGAACCGCCCCUCGUCCAAGGCUGCCUGGACGAGCCACACGCACCCCGCGGCCAGGAGACGCUGUGCAUCAUGGGCAACUCGCGGGUCGCCGCCGGCCUGUCCCGGCCGCUCGCCAUCAACCCCCAGCUGCCGCUGCGUCCGUACACGCCCCAGGAGCCCGCCCAGCGGUGUGUGGACCGGUCCUAUGACCCGCAGUGGCGGAUCAAUAGUCUGGUGUAUCGACAUCAUGGUGCGCGGGGGAAGACUGGUGCUGGUGGUGGUGGUGGUGCAGGGGGGUCUUCAAGUUAUGAGCUUGAUUUGGAUCUGACGAAUCUGUCUGAUAACGGGCGGAUAAGGUGUGAGGCGACUGGGGAUGUUACGUCGGGGGGUAAUAAUAAUAACAAUGGGUCAGCGCCGUGGGUUCGUUGUUUGGUUGCUGACGCAUCCGGCGAGGGCUCAAGUUCGAAUGGGUCUUGGAUUGAGGUCAGUAUUGAUACUGAGUACGGGAUGCUUGGUGUUAGGCAGGAUUGGGGGUGUUCGGACGGUAUUGAGGGUCUCGAACCAGAUCACUACACCGGACUCGCCUACGCCCACCUCAACCUAUCCUGCACCAAUCCAUCCAGAUCAUCUGGCACCAUUGACUCCGACCCUGACUCCGACUACACCUGCACCCUCCCCGCCAUCAACACCCCCCUAACCUUCACCGGCUACUCCGAACAAUGGCGGAUCCCCCUGAUGCCGCACACAUACUACACCCGGAGCUGCACCAUCCGGUCACUGACCAACACCACAGCCAUCCAACUACAAGACUACCAACUUGACUCCAUCCCUGAUGAUGAUGCUGAUGGUGAUCUGACAACGACAGGGUCGUUCACCCUGUACAACCCCGGCCCAGGCGACACCUACCGGCUGCACCGCAUGCCUGUGGUCGAUGAUGGGGAAUGGCACGACUGUGUCGCGGGGGAGGGGAAACGGCCGAUCCCCUGGCAGUUGGUGGGGUGUAGCUAUCUCCUGGAUCGGUCAAGUCAUAGGGUAGGGUUUAGGGUCGAGUGGUAUUGUGAUGAUCGUGAUCCGAGCCAUGCGGUCUUGUUCAACGCGACCGUGGAGAAACAGCUACCCGGCGAGACGUGUGAGACGGGCGCAGAUAGGAAACAGUCGUGUCGGUUGCCAUCGGGGGUUACAGAAGUGGCGCUAUCAGUGUCGUCGUUGACUUGGACGACAUCGGCGCAUCCGAUGGACAGGGGGCCGACUUUGCCGUGGAUUUGA